AGGAUUAUGUGUGUGUGUGUGUGUGUGUGUGUGUGUGUGUGUGUGUGUGAGUGAGUGAGUGAUCAGUCAGUAAUGAUCAGCAUGCUGACCAGGCUGUGUGUGUGUGGAUUAUAUAAAUAUAAAUGCAGCUGGAUCAGUGCGAUCAGCUGAAUCCUGCUGCUGAGCGCGUCGCCCUGCUGCUACAGGUUCGGACAGUCAGAAGUCACCAUGAGUCCCAAACAUGUCGUCUUCAAGAAAGUUUCCCGAGACAAGUCGGUGGCGGUCUACAUGGCCAAGAGAGAUUUCGUGGAUCACUGUGACUUUGUGGAUCCAGUGGACGGAGUGAUCAUGAUUGACCCAACGCAGCUGCAAGGAAAGAAAGUGUACGUGAUGCUGUCGUGCACGUUUCGGUAUGGUCGUCAGGACAUGGAUGUGAUGGGUGUGGCCUUCAGGAGGGACCUCUUCGUGGUGACCCGGCAGGUUUACCCUGAGCUGCAGGACAAACUGACUCACACCAGGAUCCAGCAGAAACUACUGCGAAAGCUGGGAGACAACGCCUUCCCCUUCUUCUUCGAGUUUCCAGACAACCUGCCGUGUUCUGUCGCUCUGCAGCCCGGACCGUCCGACGUCGGAAAGAAAUGUGCGGUGGAGUUUGAGGUGAAAGCUUUCUGUGGCGAGCACCGCGACGAGAGGAUCGACAAACAGAGCUCGGUGCGUCUCAGCAUCCGGAAAAUCCAGUUUAGUCCUGAGAACAGCAAACUGGUUCCAGUAGCGGAGACCACCUUCGAGUUCCUGAUGUCUGAGAAACCUCUGCAUGUCAAACUGAGUCUGCCCAAAGAGACGUUUUACCACGGUGAGCCGGUCAAAGUGAACGUUGAGAUCACCAACUCAUCCAGCAGGAACAUCAAAGACAUCAGUGUGUCAGUUGAGCAGGUGACCAACGUCGUUCUUUACUCCAACGACAAAUACGUCAAAUCUGUGGCCAAAGAGGACACGGAUGACUCUGUUCCCUUUGGGACCAGUCUGAAAAAGGAGUACGUCCUGUAUCCUCUGCUGGCUCACAACAAAGACCGGAGAGGACUCGCUCUGGACGGACGACUCAAACACGAAGACACUAACCUGGCUUCAUCCAGCAUUGUGAAGCAGGAGGUGCUGAAGGAGGUGCAGGGGAUCCUGGUCUCCUACAAGGUGGUUUUGAGGAUGAUGGCCUCUGGGACGAUCGGAUCCAGUGAGGUGUCUCUCGAGGUUCCUUUCAGACUGAUGCAUCCUAAACCUGAAGCAGCCAAGGACAGCGAAUCGGACGACAUGGUGUUUGAGGAGUUUAAACGAGCCUACCUGAAGGGCGUGGUCUACGGAGACGAUGACGAAUCUCCCACCGAGUCCUGAAAACAGACCAAAGGCUGUCCCCGGUGUCCGUCAGAGUCCAGAGCUGAAGACAGACAGAGUUUGGUCCAAAGACGCGAGGGUUUCUGAUGUGAACAAUGUUUCAGGACAAAGUGUCUGUGGCCCCGUAGGGGGCGCUGCGGCGACACGGGACAUGUGGACCAGCUGUGUCCUGAUGAACUGCUGGCGUAGGUCUCCGUCUGUAAGACGUGAUGCGGACCAGACUGUGUCUGACGAGGCUCUGGCUGUAGAAUGUAAACACAGCUUCUUUAGGUGUGAAUGUGGGCGGGACCGCAGGACGCUGCAGAGGGGUCAGAGGUCAUCUCAGCUCCUCAGAGGAAGCUGCUUUAGUCUGAUGAAAGCGAGUAGAUGCUGAGCUCAGCUUCACGUCUGAAAUAAAACAAGCUGCUGCCAAGAAACUCACAUGUUGUUGUUGUUGU